AACUUGGACCGUCAAGCGUCAAGCUCAACGUGCCCGGUCGUUUCAUCGGUGCAAAGCCAUACCAAAUCCAAAAUCACCACCUUAGAUUUUAGACGGUGCCGCCUGUGGCUGCUGGAUCGUUGGAGUCGUGGAAUUUUCUCUUUGUUUACUCUGUGUUUUUUGAAAAGCACACUUCUAGAUCUCAUAUUUUGCUCCUUUUUCUUAUUCGUUUCACAUUCCUUCUCUUUGUUCCCCUUCCUGAGUUCUUUCUCUUGUGCGGAAUGGACCGAAUACUACAGGGAAAGUUGUUGGAGAAAGAGAGGCAAGAGACUUGGUCCUCGCAAAACCGUGGUCUCCGUUUUAACUUCAAACUUAGAGCAGCUUCGCUCUCCCCUUUAAAUGGAGAGGGAACUGAGAAGAGAAGCCAAACAAACAGUCACAUAGUCGUUAGAGUUUGAAGAAAUUAAGUCGAGAUGAAGAAGGCUUCUUCGUCGCUGUCGGAGCUGGGGCUGGGGGAGGACAUCUCCCGGGCCUUCUUCCGGCCAAUCCAGCAGGUGGCGCCGCCGUCCCCGUCGAAGCGUCGCACCAAGAUAUCCGUCGUCGGCGCCGGCAACGUCGGCAUGGCCAUCGCCCAGACCAUCCUGACCCAGGAUCUCGCCGACGUGCUCGCCCUCGUCGACGCCAAGCCCGACAUGCUCCGCGGGGAGAUGCUGGACCUCCAGCACGCCGCCGCCUUCCUCCCCCGCACCAAGAUCCUCGCCUCCACGGACUACGCCGUCACCGCCGGAUCCGACCUCUGCAUCAUCACCGCCGGCGCCCGCCAGAUCGCCGGCGAGUCCCGCCUCGCUCUCUUGCAGCGGAACCUCGCCAUCUUCCGGGACAUCGUGGUGCCGCUCGCACGGAACUCGCCGGACGCGCUGCUCCUCGUGGUGUCCAACCCGGUCGACGUCUUGACGUACAUCACCUGGAAGCUCUCCGGGUUUCCGCCCAACCGGGUUAUCGGAUCGGGGACGAAUCUGGAUUCCUCCCGGUUUAGGUUCCUCCUCGCCGAUCACCUUGAGGUCAACGCCCAGGAUGUCCAGGCAUACAUGGUGGGAGAGCAUGGAGACAGCUCGGUGGCGCUGUGGUCGAGCAUAAGCGUGGGAGGUGUCCCAGUCCUGAGCUCCCUAGACAAGCACCAGAUUGCCUACGAGGAAGAGGUGCUGGAACGCAUCCGGAAGGCAGUGGUGGAGAGCGCCUACGAGGUGAUCCGCCUCAAGGGCUACACCUCCUGGGCCAUCGGCUACUCUGUUUCCAACCUCGCCCGCUCCCUCCUCCGUGACCAGCACCGCAUCCAUCCUGUCUCCCUCUUUGCCAAGGGCUUCUACGGCAUCCCCGACGACCGCGAGGUCUUCCUCAGCCUCCCCGCCCGCCUUGGCCGCGGCGGCGUGCUUAGUGUUGCUAAUGUCCACCUCACUGAAGAGGAGUCUAUUCGUCUCAGGAGGUCUGCUGAUACCUUAUGGGAGAUGCAACAACAGCUUGGUAUUUAAGAUGGAGCAUCGCCUCAUUUCUAGGCUUCAUCUAUUAGUGCGUCGUUAUUGGAAGUUUUUGGUUUAUGGAUUUCCCUUAUUCAAGUACUCAUGAUAUUUUGUUCUUUAACCUUGGUGUAAUUGUUGUGUCACAUUUAUAUCUAUAUGAAGUCGUAUAAAAGUUGGUCUUUUCAAUAA